GGAAUUUUGAGGGAGAUUUCUACCCUGUUGCUGCAGCUGCCCGCUCCGAGCUGCUGGGCUGGGUUCCUGUUCCAACUUGGUAACUCCCAGGGUGCUCUGCAAACCUCUGAUUUCCCCUUAGUGUUUCCUUGGGUUUUCUGCUGCGAGAUCCAGGAGAGACGGUGAAAAAGGAGGGGGGUGAGAGAAAACCGCCCCUGGGAAAUACAAUACAGGGGACAUGAAUGGAGCUGAGGAGCAGCACCCGGAGGAAGGGCCUGAGACCCCGGAUCGGCAAACAGUGCCACCAGGAGAUGGUGAAGAGAUCGUUUUCCAGAGCUCAAGCCAAGGAAGAACCUACAAGAGGCGGCGCAAGUUGCAAACACCCAAGAGAAUCCUGGCAGAGAAGGAGCCGGACAGUCCAAGGGAGAGCGAAAAGUGCUCCAGGAAGCAUGCGGAAUCCUCUUCAGAGGUGGGAGCCAAGGCCCGUGGGAAGGUGCCCAGCUGCUCGGCCUGUGAGCAGAGCUUGAAGGGGAAGAUCUUCUUCCAAAGCCUGGGCAGGUUUUAUGGUCAGAAGAAGUCGCAUGAAUGUUGGGAAUGUGGGAAAAGCUUCCAGCGGAAGAAGGAUCUGGCCAGACAUCAGGGAGUCCAUACCGGAGACAGAUUCUACAGCUGCCCGGACUGCAGGAGAAGCUUCAGCCAAAUGGCAGGGCUUACGAGACACCAGAAGACGCACUUGGGGGAUCGGCCCUUUCCCUGCAUGGACUGCGGGAAAAGCUUCUGCCUGAGACAGGAGCUUAUGAGCCACCAGAGAACCCACACGGGAGAGAGACCCUUCCUGUGCUCCCAGUGCGAGAAGGGAUUUAGCCAGCUGGCGCAUCUCGCCGCCCACCAGAGAACCCAUGAGGCAGAGAGGCCCUACCCCUGCGGCACCUGUGAGAAACGCUUCAAGCAGAGCCAAGACCUCCGAAAGCACCAGCGCAUCCACACGGGAGAGUGACCCUACCCCUGCACUGAGUGCGGGAAAUGCUUCAGCCACGUGUCGAACCUCAACGCCCACCAGAAGGUGCACACGGGCGCCAGGCCCCACACCUGCAAGGAGUGCGGGAAAGGCUUCCGCAAGAGGCAGGAUCUUCUGCGACACGAGAGGAUCCACACGGGAGAAAGCCCUUUUGCCUGCAGCCACUGUGAGAAGAGCUUCCGGCAGAAGAAGGAUUUGAACAGACAUCGGAGUGUCCACACGGGAGAGAGGCCCCACCCCUGUCUCGAAUGUGGGAAAAGCUUCCGGCUCAAGCACGCUCUGGUGCGACACCAGGCAACCCACC